AUGCCCUUUGGAGAAGCUCUACAGCAGAUGCCACUCUAUGCUAAAUUUCUGAAAGACAUGCUAACUAGGAAGAACAAGUACAUCCAUAGUGACCACAUCAUUGUGGAAGGAAACUGCAGUGUCGUAAUUCAAUGCAUCCUUCCACCAAAACAUAAGGAUCCAGGCAGUGUCAUUAUUCCUUGUUCUAUAGGUGAAGUUUAUGUUGGUAAAGCUCUUAUUGAUUUGGGGGCCAGUAUUAAUUUGAUGCCGUUUUCCAUGUGCCAAAGACUUGGAGAGUUGGAGAUAAUGCCUACUAGGAUGGCUUUACAGUUAGCAGAUCGCUCCAUCACCAGACCUUAUGGAGUGAUUGAGGAUGUUCUGGUUCGGGUCAAGCAUCUUAUCUUUCCUGUUGACUUCGUUGUAAUGGACAUUGAGGAAGAUGCAAAUAUUCCCUUAAUUUUGGGACGUCCAUUUAUGUCUAUUGCAAGCUGUGUAGUGGACAUGGGAAAGAAAAAGUUAGAAAUGGGUAUUGAAGACCAACAAAUCAGCUUUGAUAUAUUUAGUGAAGAAAGAAAAUUGCUGGACCAGAAUGUUUGUUUACAGGUGAAGGAGUUUGAUGUGAAGGUUUUGAAGGAGAGAACCAAGAUUGAUCCAGGAGAACAAAGAACUAUGCGUCAAGCUAAUGACGGUUUCAUGGCUGAAUAG